UUGAGCCUCUAAUAUUUCGUAAUCAUAAUGUAACUUUAAGCUUUACUGGAGUGUAAGGAGCCUUUUUGAAGUUAGUUUAAGACCAAGUGCAGGACAGAUUUUGAGAGACUUUUCAGAAUUAGAAUGUCAGGUUCCAGGGAUUGUGACAUCAGUCAGAUAGUGGACAACAUUUACAUAGGCGGAGAGAAGGCAGUACACAGAACUGAUCAACUAAAGCAGAAUAACGUCACACACAUCCUCACUAUUAACAAUGUCCCCCUACAUAGAAGCUACACAGAGACUUACAAAUAUAUGUUUGUCUAUGGCCUUGACCUAGAAUUCACUGACCUUCUUGGCCAUUUUGAGGAAUGUUUUGAUUUUAUAAAUGAUGCUCUAGAUAACGGAGGAGGUGUUCUUGUCCAUUGCAUGAUGGGAUGUUCCAGAAGUGCCACCAUUGUGAUUGCUUAUCUAAUGAAUAAGAAAAAACUGACUUACAGUGAAGCAUUAGAACUUGUUAAGAGUAUGAGACCAAUGGUAUCCCCCAAUGAAGGGUUUGUAUCUCAACUUCUCCUGUUUGAGGAAAUGGACUGUACAAUAGAUAAAACCCAUGAGAAGUUCAGACAAUACCGACUAAAGAAACUGGCCACCAACCUUCAGGGAACUACUGCUGAAGAGCGAUCCAAACUGCAAUCCAGUUAUUUUGACACAAGUGAGGAGAUCAAGAAAGACGAAGUAGUGUUCAAAUGUCGUAAGUGUAGACAUGCAUUGUUUAAGCAGUCUGGGAUUAUGAAGCACACAGUGGGAGAUGGAGAAGUGGCUUUUGACUGGAGAGGAAAAGUGUCUUCUGAGAAAGUGGAAAAAUCCCCUGAUGAGGUGGAGAGAGUAUGUGCUUUAUCCUACUUCAUAGAGCCUGUGAGAUGGAUGGCUGGGUCUAUCCAGGAUUUGGAAGGGAAGCUAGCCUGUCCCAAGUGCAGCUGUAAAAUUGGCUCCUAUAUCUGGUAUGGGGAGAGGUGUCCAUGUGGUGCCUGGGUGGCCCCAGCCUUCCACAUACAGACUGCCAAAGUGGAUAUAUGUAAACCAAGAAUUGUUCCUAACAGAUAAUUACAGUCUGGUAUUGGUAUCCAUAAUGUAAUAAAUUAUUUUCACAUAU